UAUCGUUGAAAUCGAAUAUGUGUAUAAAACCUUAUUAAAGUGAAGCUACGCUUACAAGAUAGGCUGAAUUAGGCUUACAUCGAAAUUUCGUAAGUAAAUGUUUAUAAACAAGGAUCAAAGGGGAAGCCAGAUCUAACUCGAAAUAAGGCCAGUACCAAUACCAAUACAGUUAAACCUAUCGGCAAUCGAUAACGUCGCGGUGCCGUGCGUAAGUGAUGGCCAACUCUAGCUGGAUGUAACCAUUGAGAAUCAAGCGUAAUGGGCGACUUGAGCUGGAAAGAUUUCUUGAGCCAGGCUAAGCAGUUCCUUGAAAUUUCUCAGAAGCUGGGUGAUAAUUGGGUGCUGGAGCAAAAGGACUCGAAUGAACCAAACAUCUAUCUCAAAUGUAGUCAAAAGAUUAAAGGCCAAAGCGGCAAAGAUAACGCGGGGGAGUUGGUUAGUGUGGAGUAUCACGUGGUCUUCAGUGUUUCCUAUCAAGUACCAAUGUUGUUUUUCCAAGCACACAGAUCAGAUGGAAGUCUUCUGGAUGUCGAGGCCACCUGGAAACUGUUCAUGCCCAAAUCGAAGGCCAGCGAUCUCCACCAGAUACUCACACAGAUGGAUCAUCCUGUGCUUUUCAGACCUUACAUGGCACUGCAUCCAUGCCGCACAGCUGAAGUGCUAAAGCAGUUCGGAAAGCCCAGCUGCAACCAGGUUCUUUCCUUCAUCAGCCUGUACGGACCACAUGUGCAGUUGCACCUGCAAAAUGCCUACGGCUUAAGCCAAGAGUAUACGUAACUUGAAUUUAUUGGUGGUUGUUUUAAACACUGGUAAUAGAAGUAUACAUGUGUGGAUUAUAAUGGCUUUUACAGUUUUACAUUUCAUUCCCUA